CUAUUCGACAUGUUUAGUAAUUGAAAAUGCGUCGAACAAGUUUCGUGCUUUGGUGCUGCGCUAGUUUCCUCGUUGUCGCACCGUUGGAGCUUCAGCAAAAUUCCACGAGCAACGAUACGACGGAACGAUAUGAGCCUCUCAAGCUCAUGGAAGAUCAACGCGUCGAGACGAAACACGUGCAGAAUAAUUUGCGUGAAAAUUUUACCAAGGAUGAUAAAGAGAUGCGUCAUAAAUUCUUCACUAAUAUUGCAAAAGAGAACCGCGAAGACGAUAAUGUGACAGAAUACGAAUUCAAUGAGGGUGUUACGAGAAACUACGAAGACGACGAUCAGAUGUUAGAUAUCAACGUGAACACUACGGAAACCAAACGCAACAACUGUACUACAUCACACGAGCGGCAUGGAGACCUCAAUGAAAAUAGCAAGAACAACACGGAGUGCGCCAACAGCACUUGCAUUCGGCUUUGCUGUCCUCGAGGUGAUCGCCUGAUAGAGGAAAAGUGUGUUGCUGGAGAAGCUAAUUAUUCGUUUCCAAUCGUUCACGGGAACGCAACGACUAACAACAAAACAUUGGACCAGAUGUUUCACUUGAUUGUCAACGAUCCAUGCGAAGACGGCCGGUUCGUGCUGAAUGAAACUGAUAAUUCUGCGGACGACGGGUAUUACUUGUUCGCCAACGGCUCUUUGUAUUAUAAGGAGCUUAUCGAUCCGGAGACCUAUUGCCUUGCUUUAGUGAAUCGGGACAAGUACGAGGUGACCAUAUGCGAGCCAAUCCAGACAUAUCCGAUGUUUUUAACUGCAGGUGUUAUACUAUCUGUGUUCUUUCUGUUUGCAACAGUCGUAGUGUACUCUAUUCUGCCGGAGCUUCAAACUAUGCACGGCUAUACGCUACGUGCGUACAGCGGCGCGCUAUGCAUCGCGUACAUAUUCCUUGCAGUGUACCAACGGAGCACAUUGUCUCAAUUAGGAUACACCUACUGCCUCAUAAUAGCCUAUUUCCUUAUGUUCUCACUUACGGCGAGCUUCUUUUGGCUGAAUAUAAUAUGCUUCGAUAUUUGGUGGAUAUUUAGAAAGAAAACUCACACAUCACGAGGAAAUAUGAAACGUCAACGGAAAAAGAAAUUCCUAUACGCAUUGUACGGAUGGGGAUGUCCUUUUAUCUUCAUGUUCAUAUGUACCAUGAUUGAAUUCGUUUUCGAUGUGCCAGAGAAUUUCAUCCGACCAGAGUUUUGCAUUCGUGAAUGGUGGUUCGACAUGCAUACAAUAAUGUACUUUGAUUGGCCCUUUAAUAUCAUUAACGUUUGCAACAUUUUCUUAUUUAUUUCAACGGCGUUGACUAUGGCACGCCAUAAAAAAGAUACCGAUCAAUUAAGAAGUGCGGAGAACAAAUGCCAUAAUGACAACAAGAAAUGGUUCAUAAUGUAUCUCAAAUUGUUCUUCUUGAUGGGCAUCACUUGGGUUACAAAGAUAGAAGCUGUUUAUUUAUGGAUAUUCAACCUAUCAAAAUACUUAAUGUAUUCCAUAGACAUGAUAAACGCUCUUCAAGGCAUUAUUAUCUUCAUCAUAUUCGUUUGGAAGAAGAAAAUCAGAUUGUCGUUGAUGGAAAAGUUGGGUUGUCAGGACAGUUUCUUGUUCAAAAAUUCAACAAGUAAUAAUGGGCACAGCACUGCAACUUCACGUACUUCAUUGACGGUAUCUUUGCAGUCGAUUGUUCCUUGUAGUCAGAUAGACAGCGGUACGAAAAGUUCAUCUAAUGAAGCUGAUACCAACACAACAUGACGAGAGAAGAUUUCAUGUUAUAUCAGGCAUAAGUUAAUCAAUGCCACAAUCUAAUCCGCACCUCAUAUAAAUAUUUUCUAAGUACAUUCUAAGUUCCAAGUGCAUGUAUUCUGAUCACAAUGUCCAAAUUUAUUCCAAAGUUGAUCGCACCAAGUACUAAUCAGAAUCCCACUUUUG